AGUAGUGUUUCAUUAGAUGACUUAUUUACUCUUAUUUACUCUAAUUUGAAUAACUUGAUAACUACAUUGACUUUUACUCAAGUGAAUUAUUACUAGAGUAGCAGUACUAUAGCAUAGUACUAAUUAUGUCAGUGGAAGGUCCUCAUAAGGAUAUUAAGACAAAAGUGUGUGUAUGUGUGUGUGUGCGUGUGUGCGCGUGUGUGUGUUUUGCUAGUGCCCCAUGGGGAUGCAGCGUGCUUCAGUGUGUUAGGCUGGGCCAGUGUAGGCAGGCAGAGAGGAGACACCCAGUGCUGGCUCCGACAAGUCAGAACACACACGCGCGCACGCACACACACACACACACACACACUCGCUUACAGACACAGACACAGACACAGUGUGACCGUGCACUGUACUUUAGGCUUACUGUGUUUUUCAGUUUAGUGACUCUCAAAUAUGUGCAACUGGUCCUGGAUGAAAAAGAGAUUGUCGGCUUUUCUCCUUUCUCUUCCUCCCAUUAUAUAAUCCUAGGCCUUUGCUGUUUCCCAACUUUGGAUACACAGCCAGAGCAAAACAAAUAUGGAAAUUUAGCAGGACCUCGUACCCCUAGCAGAUGUCUCCUGGGAUCCCAAUUCCCUAUGCUGAGAAAAAAAGGUCGACGCUCCGUAAAACUCAUUUUCCUUUUUUGUCCCAUCACUAUCACAUGCUCAGGGAAAAAGGAAGAGGAUUCUUGACAUGUUUGUGAAGCAAAAGGCUCUGCAUUGAGAAAGUUCCCUGACACGGCUGCGAGACGAGGUAAACUUCUGCCUGGAUUUAGAGUUGACUUGGAGUUUCCUAGAAUACAUAAUGAACUUGGAGCACAUCAGAAAGUGCAACUGAAGCACUUUGAGUCAUUUGGCUAGACUUGGACACACUAUCUGACUGAACCUUCUCUUGACCUUCUGCUUCUCUUGGGUCAUCCAAGCCUUUUUGGAGAGCAUCAUAAAAUGUGCCUUGAUCAGGUGAAUGCUGCAGUGCGCGUGCCUGUACUUCCUUGGUAAAAAUCCUCUCCAUGUGGCCAUCUGAAAGUUGAAAUGAUGCACAAAGACCACCGCUUAUUCCGCAAAGGUUCUCUGUUUAACUUCGGUUCUGGACGAAGAAGACACUCCUGCAUUGGUUUUGAUGUGGAGAAUGGACCAUCAGUGGGGCGAGCACUGGACUCUCAGGUCAGCCCGAGCUCUGGCCUGGUCCUGCAGGGCAACUUCCCCCACAGCCAGCGACGCGAGUCUUUCUUGUACCGCUCCGAUUCAGACUUUGACAUCUCACCAAAAGCAAUGUCCCGAAAUUCCUCCACUGCUAGUGAGCUGGAAGAGGGCUUGAAACAGUGGGAAGUCAGUUGCCUGCCUCGACAUGAAGACAUGAUUGUAACACCAUUCGCACAGGUCCUGGCCAGUUUGCGAACAGUGCGGAGCAACUUUGCAGCAUUGACUCAUCUGCAGGAUCGGGGAAGUUGCAAACGGCCAUCAGGCAGUAAUCCUCCCUCUGUGUGCAAGCAGGGUGUGCCAGAUGAGGCAUACCAGAAGUUGGCCAUUGAGACACUGGAAGAACUUGAUUGGUGUCUGGACCAGUUGGAGACCCUGCAGACACGUCACUCGGUCAGCGAGAUGGCCUCCAAUAAGUUUAAAAGAAUGCUGAACCGUGAACUUACCCAGCUGUCAGAGACAAGCCGCUCAGGAAACCAAGUGUCAGAGUUCAUAGCAAGCACAUUUUUAGAGAAACCACACGAUGUGGAGAUCCUGUCUCCACCACCAAAGGAGAAGGAGAAGAAGCGGCGUCCCAUGUCUCAGAUCAGCGGAGUGAAGAAGUUGGCACACAGCCCGUGUCUGGCCCCCAGCCGCAUACCUCGCUUCGGGGUCAACACGGAGCACGAGAGCCUGCUGGCCAAGGAAAUCGAGGACAUCAAUCGCUGGGGCCUUGAUAUCUUUAAGAUAGCAGAGCAUUCAGGGAAUCGGCCACUGACGGUGAUAAUGUACACAAUUUUUCAGGAACGUGACCUACUGAAGUCCUUUAAGAUCCCAGCAGACACAUUCAUCACCUUCAUGAUGACCCUAGAGGGCCACUACCACACUGAUGUCGCCUAUCACAAUAACAUCCAUGCUGCUGACGUAGUGCAAUCCACACAUGUUCUCCUCUCCUCACCUGCUUUAGAGGAUGUCUUCACUGACCUUGAAAUCAUGGCUGCUUUGUUCGCUAGUGCCAUACAUGAUGUUGACCAUCCUGGAGUGUCAAACCAAUUCCUCAUCAACACCAACUCUGAGCUGGCUCUGAUGUACAACGAUGCUUCUGUACUGGAGAACCACCACCUGGCCGUGGGCUUUAAACUUCUACAGGAGGAAAACUGUGACAUCUUCCAUAACCUGAGCAAGAAGCAGCGGCAGUCACUGCGCACAAUGGUCAUCGACAUGGUAUUAGCCACAGACAUGUCCAAACACAUGAAUGUCCUGGCAGACUUGAAGACCAUGGUUGAGACAAAGAAAGUGACCAGUCUCGGAGUAUUGUUACUGGACAACUACUCGGACAGAAUACAGGUUCUCCAAAACAUGGUCCACUGUGCCGACCUCAGCAACCCUACAAAGCCUCUGGAGAUCUACAGGCAGUGGACAGACCGCAUCAUGGUGGAGUAUUUCACCCAGGGUGACCGGGAGCGAGACAAAGGCAUGGAGAUUAGCCCCAUGUGUGACAAACACACUGCUUCAGUGGAGAAGUCUCAGGUGGGCUUCAUUGACUACAUCGUGCACCCUCUCUGGGAGACAUGGGCUGACCUCGUCCACCCGGAUGCCCAAGACAUCCUGGACACUCUGGAGGACAACCGUGAGUGGUACCAGAGCAUGAUCCGCCACAGUCCCUCACCCCCGCCCGAGGAACAGGACUCAAACGGUGCCAUUGGAGCCUCCACAAGCGAAAAGUUCCAGUUCGAGCUGACGUUGGAGGAGGAGGGCGAGUCAGACUCCGAGAAUCCUCAGGAAGCACAGCACGCCAAGCCUGAGAGCACCACGACUCGGUGCCGCAGGACGUUGUCUCCUGACACAACGGACAAGGAGGCUGUGAGAGAAUGAGACUAAAGAGACAAAAUGUGCAUAGCUAGGUGCAAAGCACUUCUGUCCUAAUGACAUGUCUCAGCGAAAAUUUGCUCCUUAAAUCUGUGAUGAACUUCAGUGUGGCUGUAGCAGGCUCCCACUGAGCGAUGCACCCCACACCAGCUAAUGAGAUAACUCCUCAUUUCACCUAUUAGCCACACAUUUCCUGUUUUUCCUGCCAGAUAAGCCUUUUAGUCCUAGCUUCUUAAGAUGCAUUUGUGUCUAGCACACAGGUGGCUGUAAUGAUCACUCAUUGACUGAGGAGAGAUCUGAGGAUGGCUCGGCCUCUUCAGGGUCUAUUAACAAAGCAAGGAGAUCUUCUGAGAAAGAGAGUCUUCCUUCAAAUGAUGUACAUGUUGUCUAUAGAGGAAAUUGUAAUAUUUAUGGUAAGCUAACAGGGUCUAGGAACUUUUUUUUUGCACCGUACCAUUAGUUUUGGACAAGUAGGAGUUUCAUUUAUCUUUUAAAUGAUUAAUUUAGCAUUCAUUUGUAUUUUCAAUAUUUUAGUCACUUUGAUCAGAUGAAUGAACAAGUGACAGUCGUGCCAAAUAUUAGCUUGAGAUGAAAAUAUGACACUAAUAACCUCAGGAUAUAAAUAAUUAUUUCACUUUAAUGUAGCAAGGUACCCCUGUAUAUUACCCAGUGCAUCUUUAUUAUACGCCACUAAAAAUAAAUCACCCAUUUACACUGGUAUUCACACUUACACCUCAAUAUUCACCGUUACAUCUUUACACGUCUUCAUGUAUCAUUAAUAACUGAUUAGAUCUUGAUAUUGUGAAGAUGUUAAAUCUGAUGUUAAAGAGGCACUGCUUUGCUCUAACUCAGCGUAAAAAUAAUAAGAGUAUCGAUUUGUUCAUUCAUUUGUUUUAUGUGAAAAUAUCGAUGGUGUGCAAUUUGUGUAAAUCCCAGUCAUGGUGCAAGGUUUUCAGAUCUGAAUCAUUUUAUAGUGGUUUAAACCAGCUUAUGUUAUAGCAAUGAGGAAUCCAGAUUGUAAGUGUAGCUUUACAAUACAAGAUAUUUUAAAGGUUUUAUAUAUUUCCAAGUUUCCAAAUAUUUCCCUUGCAAGUAGAAGUUUGAAUUAUUUUUAUUUAUGGCCUCAUUUUACUCUUUAACACAACUAGUUUUCUUCAAUGAGAAAUCCACCCUGCUUGGUUUGCAUGUUAAUCCUUAUAACUAACACACAAUCUUCAUUUCUAUCCAUGAUUUAUAAAAGUCAGCUUUUUAGUUUUAACACUGACAGGUUAGUCUAUUUUCACUUUGGGUCACUGUGUCCUACACGUCCCCAAUAUCUUCUGUAUGCACUAUGUCUACGCUGGAUUUCUCAUUAAUAUGAAAGUGAAUGUCACUGAAAAAUGGUGAGUGAGAAAAGAAGUUCUUACUCUUUUAUUCUUAGGAGAUAACAGUCAAACCUGAUCAUUAACCCUUAUGUUUGAUAUCAUUGGAAAUUUUUUUUCCUCCUAUUAAACUCCACUGUAACUGUGCUAGCAAUGUUCUCCUGUUAUGCCAUAGCAGCAGACAACCUCAAACUUCUCAUGGGAAUAACAAAAAUACAGCAUCAACAAAAAAUUAGCAGCAGAAUCACUAAGCACAUCACAAUUAUUUCAGUCGAAAUAUAUUUCAUGUGUUUCAGGAUGGAUUUUUCCUUUAAUGUUGCUGUUGUAAAGUUAAUGACUACAUGAAAGCUAAACGCUCAAGUCUGAAUGCGCAAAUAUACAUUUCAGUUUCUCAUUGAGUGUGUAUACUGAACCCAUAUAGAAUGAACUAGUACAGCUGAGUAGAAUAUCCAGGGGUACCCAUUUCUGAUCUUACCUUCUGAUCACCACUUCCACUCGUGUUUGUAUCGUUUGUAUUCGUUUUACCUAAUGUCCAGUUUUAACAUCAUUAUCUCAAACGUAUUAUUGACAGCUUGCAAACUGCCACAAUUUGCUGCCUCGAUUAAGACAUGCCAGAUAUUAGCCUGUGAUUUUGAUCUGAGAGUCUUGAGGUUUUUUUUCCCUCCAGGAAUUUGAACCAGAAAUAAUUCCGGCACAUUUAAAGGGCUAGAGAUAAACCAGGAUCUUUCCCUGCUCUUCAUUGACAUCACUUCAUUUUUUCAACUUUAAGUGUUUUCAUUGAGGGUUUAAUCCGUAUAUUUUUGGAAUAAACUAUAGAUGACUAGACAAUAAUUUAAAAAAAAACAGACUGAUUAUAAUAUAUAAUUACAUUAUUAGUGUUUUGGUGUUUUUGGUCUCUCCUGUAUUUCAUCACAUAAAGUAAAUACAGAAAUCCCACUUUUCUUUCCUUUAAUAUAUUAAACAGAGGAAACACUAACACGGUGGUUCUUUCAGAUAUGAGUUGACCGAGUGCAGUCCAUUCAAUGCCACCAAACUGCACUAAAAUGUGCACAGAUUUCACACACAUGCACAAUGGGAGAGCACUCCAAUGCCAUAAUGAUGCCGUUCAGUGAAGUCAUCUAUCCGCUAAAAAGCACAGUUUUCGUGGUUUUUAUGUUGUUUCAUGUCUUUUUUUUUUUUAUCUUUACUGAUGUGCCACAUUUCCUCUUGAUUCUCUUUACUGGCAAGUCCUGAAAUUGCCAAACUUAUUUGUUGUGUUCAUUGUUUGAUGGCAUUGUGUCUUUUUUCUGAAGAAUAAGAGUGUUACUUCAUGUAAAAAAAAAAUAAUAAUAAUAAUGUUUUGUCACUCCUGUACCUGUUUCUGUACCUUCAUGUUCCACAUUCAAAGCCAAAAACUCCAGACUACUUCAGGUUGUUCUCUAGAACCUACGUCAAUAAAUUAACUUAAGCUGUCUA